AUGAGCAAUGAUCCAAAGACGUCUGAUGUGGGGCGCGAAACGCCUCUUCCACAAUACGAAAAGACGCAAUCGGUGCCGUUCACUCUGAAUCUUCAGGAAGAUACACGCAAUCCUGGUCAAUUCCAGCUCGUCUUCAACCUGGGCCCGAAACAACAAUCGUCGAUCGGUGUGCCUCUGAGUUGUGCACCUAAUGUUGCCGCGUCUACGACUCUACGAGAUGGCUUGAAGUCUAGUGUCGAGAGCUCAGUUCCUCAAAAGACGAGUCCGCCAAGCACUCCUCUCCACGACAGGCAAGGCUGGGCCGAUCUAGACAAUGUACCUACCGAAUUUCUUAAAAGGGUCGUGCCAGACUGGAAUGUGUCGUUUUCUCGUAGCGACUCAACAGCCUCUACUCAAUCCAAACGACUUACGGACAUCAAAGCUAGAAUCAAGAAGAAAGGAAAGGGCUACGUCGUGCGCUUGCUGAAAGGGUCGACAGACUCGAACGAGAUUGCAGAAAUAGAUCUGGGCCAGCAUAUCGCUGCGAAUCAGACAUUUGAGACUCCAGAGCUCGACUCAGCGACUCUGCCUGCGGAGUUGUAUUCGCCACCUACGACUAUUGCAUCAAUCUCCGAUAGUCUUCUGGAUCGCAAUGAUAUCUUCGAGAUCGGUACUUCCAACACAUCAGGCGUUCAACGACCACCACCGUCUGCGGUUCCACAAAGGAGUCAUCUGCCGCAUCAUAGUCUAGCCAGGACUUCGAUCGCGGAGGACGGGUUCAGUGAUGCCGAGACUCUGAUACCAGACAUUCGCUCGAUACACGACCGUAUGGAUGAGGAUCAGACUGAUGUAGAACCGUCAUCUCAUGCCCCAUCGCUGUUUCCCACCCGCUCGGCUUCGGUCUCAAGUAUCGUCAAAACGCCAACACGCGGCCUGUCAGUCGUUGGACCUGUAAGGAAGCGUGUCGAGAAGAAGACACGUCCUCGGGUGAAGAGUCGUGCGACGAACCUGGAUCUCAAGCGAUCAGAUGCUCACAAAUCCGUCAAGCGUCGCGUAGUAUCGACAAAUCAUGCAUUCGAUAGUCAAGUUGUAGAAAAUCUCGUGAACUCGACUACUUUGCGCCAACGCAUCCGUCCGGUAUCUCGAAAGUCGAGUGGAAUUGAUCUAGCGACCGAUGAGUAUGCCACUUGGUCGCAACCGAUGCGGCCUGCGAGCGCAGUCAAGCCACGACAUCUACGACACGUAUCAGCAGACGACCUAAAUGUCCCUGCCAGACCCAAACAUGGUUUACGGUUGGACACCGACCUACCUCAGACCAAGUCAGCUCAUGUAUCGCCAGUGACGCGCCGCAAGAGAUCACCUAGAAUACGGAAGCACACAUCAUCCUCUUCUUCGUCAAUAGAUACCGAGGACGCCAAUGCACUGCUAUCACCCCAGUCGGCAGGAGUGGGUGGCGCAGAUGAGCUCCGUGAAGCGCUGAGAAGAGCGUUAGAUCAUAUCGAUUCGAAAAACGACAAUCUUGUCGAGGAUUUCGAAAGGCCUGCAGUGCCCACCAUCGUUGAGCCGCCGAUCGACGAUCAUGUUGGCGAGAUACCGCUGCCUCCGGAAGCAGAAAUACGGAUUGCCUCUCCUCAUGGUCGAAACACAACAUUCAGCCCUACCAGCCAAAGCAACACCGCGUCAUCGAUGGCCUCCAUCUUUGACUCGUCGAGCAGAGCGUCCACAUUGACCACGCCGUCGUCGACAUACGGCGGGCCUAACUCUUGGACUAGAGCCAGCGACCCUUCCAAGUAUAGCCCGUCGCGUACCGUCGCCAGCAACCCCUUCAGUGUCCGUAUGCCGUCCUUCGUCCAAGAAUCCUGGCUCCUGACCUGUGCGAACGAAGGCCGCCUGACACCAAAGAUCGUCCAUCUCGAUGUCAACGAAGGGCGCGUGAGAAGCGACAAAGAUCUAGCGCUCGCGCUGCGAGAGCACUAUGACCAGCUCAAUCGGCGGUGGUUCAACUGGGCUCGUCUUCGCGGGCUAACGACCAUCGAGUUUGUUCAAUUCGAAGUCCAUCGCAAUCGCUUCGCUGAUAUUCGAGCGACGCCGUCUAUGCCGCCCAAGUCCGCUGCUUCUUCAGCUUCGACCAGCGAGCCAGAGAAGUCUGCAGCGCCGUCUCAGCAUCCGUACACCUUCGAGCCCAACGACCUCCUGCCGCCUGUUGGUAGCACGUAUCUCCUCCAUUUAUUCAAACACCCACAGGACUAUGAGGGCGAGCUGAUUACGUAUCUUCGCAGUCCAAAGCGGAGGCAGCGGUUGGAGUUCGGUAUGGGCUGGGGCGUUCAUCUCGUGGAGGGGUUCCUUGCGCAGCGCGUGUGGGCAGUGACGAUGGGUGUUUGCGGCUUGGGUAGUGCGGUGUUCGCGAUCCUGUGGACGGUCAGGAAGGGCGACGUACAGGGUGCCUUUGGGGUUGCGCAGUGGGUGUUGGGUAUUGCUGUUUUGCUGGUUGGCGGUCUGCAGGCGUGGUUGGAGUAG